GCUUGUGUUGAGAUGCAUAUAUUCUGAACCCGAAGCUAGCGGUUGAAUCUCCGAAACGAGCCGUGUUUUCUGCUCUCGCAUUUAUUUUCCCGAACAUCGGGCAGUGUUUUGAAACAAGUGUGUGCAGUGUACUCGAGCUAUGGUGAAUUUUCGUGUUAGUGUCGAGUGAAUUAUAAAUCGGGGCUACCUCGGAGAGCCGGCACCGCUAGAGCCAAUCGUCGCGUGAUGGCGCAUGGAGUGCGCGCGGACGGCGUGGUGCGCGACGCUGGCGCUAGCCGUGCUGGCGGCGGCGGGCCCGCGCUACAGCUCGCGCAUCGUACACACGCAUGCUGGAGCAAUCAGAGGCAUCAUAGUGGAACCUGCAUCACGUCGCUUGGAACCAGUGGAAGUGUUCCGCGGUGUUCCGUACGGAGCACGGCCGGCUCGUCUGGGACCGCCUCCGCCACCGCCAUCCUGGCCAGGCACGCGCCUCGCCGACACCUUCGCGCCUGUUUGUCCACAACGCUACCCCGACAUAUCGAACAAGAGUGCAGCAUUACUAAAGAUGCCACUAGGACUUUACAACGAACUCAAAGUGACGAUUCCGUUGCUUGCCAACCAGAGCGAAGAUUGCCUCUAUCUCAAUAUUUACGUUCCCGGUAGCGGUGCGCGAGGCGUAGAAGCGCCUUACGCAGUGGUGGUGUGGCUGGGCGCGGCGCACGAGUGGGGCUCGGGCAACGCGCUCGACGGCGCCGUGCUCGCUGCGCGUGCGCACUUGCUCGUCGUCACACUUAACUAUAGAAUAGGAUUAUUAGGUUAUUUAACAACAGGCGCUUCGGAUGAAGUGUCGAUGUCUGGCGGCGCUGCUCCCUUAGACGUCGCAGCAGCCCUAACAUGGGUCAGGCGGAACAUCGCGGCUUUUGGUGGCGACCCACGAAGACUGACGCUUGCCGGACACUCCGCCGGUGCAGCGCUGGCUAAUGUCAUGCUGAUGCUGCCUUUAAGUAAAGGCUUAAUAUCCCGCGUGCUACUGCUGAGUGGCUCAGCAUUAAGUCCGUCGGUACUGGCGCCUGAGCCGGCAUUAGCCCGCGAACAUACUGCGCAAGCGCUGCGGUGUGCUCGAGAUUCGAAUAGCGGGGAACAUUGGUUAGCUGCGUGUAUCCGCUCUCGUCCCCUGGCAGUACUUCUAGCGGUUGAAGCGCCUCGUGCCAGGUUUCUAGCCGGCUGGGCUCCAUCAGUACCCACCAGGGACUCCCAGACUCAAGCUCCGACUAAAGCAUUACACGCAAGUGAAAUAUUUCUGGACUGCGCACUAGCUGUGGUCGUGACGACUACUGAAAGCUACCAGUAUUUCAGUGAGGACGACGUUCGACAUGGCUUUGAAGAAGAACACAGGAGUCGUAUACUGCGCACGUACGUACGUAACGUGUACCGCUACCACCGCAACGAGAUCUUCGCCGCCAUACGCAACGAGUACACGGACUGGGAGAAACCGAUCCAGCACCCGAUCAACAUCCGCGACGCCACGCUGGAGUCGCUGAGCGACGCGGCCGUGGCGGCGCCGGCGCUGCGGCUGGCGCAGCUGCACGCCAAGCGCGGCGCCAAGACGUACUUCGCCCAUUUCGCGCACCAAAGCAAGGAUUCAGAUUAUCCUCAGCGCUUAGGCAGCGUCACGAGCGAAACUCUGCCAUACUUCCUCGGCUUACCCCUUGUGGGUGGGAUGCCAUUUUCUCCAAGGAACUAUUCGAGGGGUGAUGUAGCUGUGGCUGAAACCACAGUCGCGCUGCUAGCCGGGUUCGCAAAGACUGGGGAUCCAACGCCAAAGACUGAUGAUCAAAGAAAUGACGUUCCCAGCUGGCCUCAAUACGAACUUAAUACGCAACAAUAUUUAAGUAUCGGAACAAAAUUGCGCGUAAAGAGCCACUAUCGCGGACACAAAAUGGCGUUAUGGCUGCACUUGAUACCGCAGCUUCAUCGACCCGGAGCCGCGCCGAGACACCAUCAGUUCCGCUCCGUACAUCCUGACAUGUUCGCAGGAGAAAUAUUCCCAGAGAUGUAUACGACUCCAGCGCUAGAGGAAGAAGAAACUCCAGAGGAACAGGAACCUGAAGUGGAAGAGUGUGAGCCGUCGCCCUCUGCUCGACCAGCCUUAGCUGCACUCCCAGCUUCACAACCGUCUCCAAAAGAAGAUUCACUGACUACUCUCGAUAGUCAAUAUUACAGUUACACAGUAGCGCUUGGUGUAACGGUCGGCGCUGGAUGCUUCCUAUUGGCACUGAAUCUUCUGGUGUUUGCCGGUAUCUAUCUGCAGCGUGGAAAGAGACGCAACAACCGUCGACCGAGAAGAGAAGGCAGCUGUAGCAGUCGCACGGGGGCGGCUUCGAUGAGCAGCGAUCCCAUCACCAUCACCUCGCCGAGGAAGAGCACGCUAAAGCGCAGCAGCGAGGCAGAACUAAAGGAGAGACCGAGCAGCGCGCCCCCAAAGGCGGACUUGUCCUGCCGCAACACGAAGCAGCAGGUGGGCGCGCUGUUUACGCGCAGCAACUUCGUCACGCUCAAGUACGUGACCGACAACUGGGGCACCGACGCCAACGGCUUCAAGCUCGUCAUCACUGCCGUUAAGGACCCCAAACAUGGCUGCAAGGAGUUCAGGUGCAAGCAACGCGAGUUCUGCGUCAGCGCGGACUUGACGUGCGACGGCGUGGACCACUGCGCGGACGGGUCCGACGAGGACACCGCCGCGCUUUGUCCCGAGAGCGGUGGCGGCGCGCGUAGCGGUGCGUGGGCGGCGGUAGCGGCGGGCGGUGCAGCGUUGUUGGCGCUGGCGGCACUGCUGGCCCUCUGCUGCUUCUGCCGCCGACGCGCGCCAGCACCACUCACACACUUACAUUUACAACAAAUGGCCAGCAGCAACGGUGCGGGCGGCGGCAAAGGCGCGAGUGGCGCCACCGCCUCGCCCGCCACGAGGCUGCCGGGAAACUGGGCGCACCCUGCGGGCCCGCGCGGGUACAGGGCGGCGCGCCCGGGCCGCCUGCGGGCGCGGGCGCAGCGCUGAGCGGCGCCCCGCACAAAGACGAGUGGUUCGUCUGAGGCGGCCCGGUCGGGCCCGCAGGGCGGGGGCGCCGUACCGGCCCCCUACCGCUCCCAAAUUCCGCUCUCCGACCGCCAGAACUUACCUGAACUACGACCAGUGAUAGUAGGUGAGCGUGCGUGCGUCGGUCUGCGGAAAGGAACCUUCACAUAUCCGUUGAAAAUAAUAAUUAUAUUAAGUGUUCGUCGACCGGUUCUGCCGCGAGUGUUCCUUUGACUGUCGUAUUAGUUGUGACGUAUGCGAGUGGGAGUCGCGUUUCUGAUAUAAUAUAUUUUUUUGACUUGUGGUCGAACCGCGUAGAGAAAGUCGCUCUCGUAAUGGUUAAUCGAGACGCGAGUGAGUCGGAAGAUCUUCCUUGGUCGCGUCGUGACCGGGCGAAGUCUGAUGCUCACUGAGUGUCGCCGCGCGAGUUACUCGCACAAUUCGUUUGCGCGCGUGACUCGCUCCUCACGCCUCACCAUCGAUCGCGUAAGUUACUCACGCGUUUGACUGCCUCGGGUACAUAACGAUUGUAUCUCGCUGGACACAACCGUGAGUUUAACUCAAAGACCUAUUACAUCAAAUAACCUUUUCAGUGUACAAUAUUUAGACCGUCUUAAAGGCAGUUCGUGUUAUGGAGUGCGG